GUGCUUUUUGUCAUUAAAAUUUUUUUUAAAAAAAACGGAACUCUCUCCGUCUCCUCUUUUCCUCUUUCUCCUCGAAUCUAUUGCAGUUAUCGUCGUCGUCCUCCUCCUCGUCGGAAUCGAAGCUAACGACGGCGACGGUUACGACAUCGGAGGGGUGGUGGUGGUGGUGAUUCUAUCUGCAUUCGAGGAGCUUUUAGAAUUUCUCAAUUCGAGACGAGCUUUUUUCGCUAAAAUCUCGUCAUCGGAAUUCACCCAUUUCUUAUCCCCGAUUUUCCUCCACCUUCUUUCUCUGCGCAUAAUCGUGCUUCCCUAUGGAUUUGUCGCAUUUGUUGCUCGUGAAUUUGCCGUAACGGAGCCGGAAAAUCUCUGGGGACAGACGGCAAAAAACUCAGCAGAAGGUGAUUUUGUAGCAAUGUCAUUCAAGAAGAUAGUGCGUGAGCUAAGAGGAAAACGCAAUGAGAAUUACAAUAAUCGUGCCAUUGGUCGUCGAGGGAGAUCACACAUUGCUCCAGAAGGAUCUGCGUCUUCUUCUCCAUGGACUGAUGAGUAUUUGAACCAGAGCAUUUGGGUUGAUUUGCCUCCAGAGUUACUUCUAGACAUAAUCCAUCGAAUCGAGUCUGAACAGACUUCAUGGCCGGCGAGGAGAGACGUCGUUGCUUGCGCCUCCGUUUGUAGGUCAUGGAGGGAGAUGACUAAAGAAGUCGUUAAAGUCCCAGAGCUCUCUGGUUUGCUCACAUUUCCGAUUUCCUUGAAGCAGCCUGGUCCUAGAGAUGCCCCGAUUCAAUGCUUUAUCAAACGAGAAAGAGCUACCGGAAUCUACUGUCUCUAUCUCGGUCUAAGCCCUGCUCUUUCCGGCGACAAGAGCAAGCUUUUGCUAUCGGCGAAGAAAGUCAGGAGAGCGACUGGUGCGGAGUUUGUUGUAUCGUUAUCCGGAAAUGACUUCUCGAGAAGUAGCAGUAAUUACAUAGGGAAGCUGAGAUCUAAUUUCCUUGGAACUAAGUUCACAGUCUACGAAAAUCAACCUCCUCCGGUUGAUUCGGAGAGAUCAUCCAACCGGAAACUUCCACCGUCGAUGCGUGUGUCUCCAUGGGUAUCAUCAUCUACUCAUAGUUACAGCAUAGCUUCAAUCUUGUAUGAGCUGAAUGUUCUUAGAACCAGAGGUCCAAGGAGAAUGCAAUGUAUCAUGAAUAGUAUACCCGUUUCUUCGAUUCAAGAAGGCGGUCAAGUUCAUUCUCGGACCGAGUUCACAAACCGAGGAAAGAAGCAGCAGCAGCAGAAGAAGAGGAAGCCGCUGAUGGAUUUUUGCUCAGGGAGCUCUGAAGGAGAAUCCGUUGUUAAGGAGGAGCCAUUAGUGCUGAAGAACAAGUCGCCGAGAUGGCACGAGCAGCUUCAAUGCUGGUGUUUGAACUUCAAAGGACGAGUCACGGUCGCGUCAGUGAAAAAUUUCCAGCUAGUUGCAGCUGCUGGAGAAGCAGGGAAGAACAUGAACAUAAUACCAGAAGAGGAACAAGAGAGAGUGAUAUUACAGUUUGGGAAGAUAGGUAAAGACAUUUUCACAAUGGAUUAUCGUUAUCCGAUCUCUGCAUUUCAAGCUUUUGCCAUUUGUUUAAGCAGCUUUGACACGAAGCCUGUCUGCGAAUGAAUGAAUCAGGAAAAAAAAACAUGUCAAAAAUAUUAUAUUCUCUGUUGCAGUUGUGGUGUGGUUGGUUAAUGAAUGUACAUACUUUUCCUUCUUGGAGCAAACAAAAAUCAGAUCUUUUUUUCUUUCCAUUAACCUUUUAUCAAUUUAAUAUUUUUUAAUUAGUAAGUAAUUAACUUUUGGUUUAGGCAAGGUAUGUCUUAGUCUUUAUUUGUAAGCAAAGAUCAUAACCAACUUCCUUCAUUACAAAACACAAUUCUCUGUCUCUAUCUCUGUUUCGUCUCAACAUUAACAAAACAUUUAGUGGUAAAGUAUAAAGAUUAAAGAUGAAAGCUUUUGUGAGAGGAUUAUUAGCAAGAGCUAAUUAUGAGGUGCCAAAGAUUCAGAAAAAGUGGGAGUGGAAGGAAUCGGCCGGUUUUGGUGGCGUUACUUCGUCUCCGCCGCCGGAGAAAGGGUUGGAGAAUCUGACGGUAGCGGAUGUGCUGUUGACAAAGGAUACUGACGGUGGAAAAGUUGACAUGUGGAUCUCCUGCCGUACAAACGACACCGUUUAUGAUGCCGUUAAGAAUAUGGCAAAGCAUAAUAUUGGAUCGUUGGUCGUGUUAAGACCAGGAGACCAACAAUGUAUCGCAGGUAUCGUCACAGAGAGAGACUAUAUGAAAAAGAUCAUCGGGGCAGGAAGAUCAUCAAAAGUUACAAAAGUUGGAGAAGUUAUGACCGACGAGAGCAAGUUGGUCACUGUUUCGUCUGGGACAAACAUAAUCAAAGCAAUGCAACUUAUGUCAGAGAAUCAUAUAAGGCAUGUACCGGUGAUUGACGGAAAGAUAGUGGGAAUGAUCUCUAUGGUUGAUCUAGUAAGAGCCAUUGUGGAACAUCAAAACGGAGAGCUCAAACGCUUGAAUCAAUUCAUCAAAGGAGACUAUUACUAGUUCAAUUCCACAUAAGAAAGAGAAUCGUUGCUUUGACAAUACUAUCGAUAAUUAUGUAAAUACUAUCGAUAAUUAUGUAAAUACUCACAAUGGAGAAUGGACUAAUUAUUUAACAAAUAAAUUUAUUAUCCGA